GAAAGAAAUAGUGUCAAAAUGAGGAAGGCACAAAAACUCCGGGCUCUAGUUGACUACGUCAUAACUGUCAUCUGUGUCCAACCUCGAUAUAGCAAUUUCGAAUUUGUCAAACUCGCUUUAGUUGCAUAUAUUGGGUUUUGAAUUACCUCAAUGCUGCAUGUAACUACCUGCUUGUAUGUCCUGUUUAUAAAUGACAAUACUUCAUCUAGAUAAUUACUCAAGAAUAUGAUACGCAAAGGCGGCUCGUCAAUAUUCAAUCUCAUUUUCACAAGUACUGUCCAGCAACGAAAGAUGAGUUCGCGGCCUGCGGGACCCAUCUUCUUCGGGUCAUUCGAGGUCACACCUCAGGUCUUCCUCACAACGCAACACUCCUUCGCCCUCGUGAACCUCAAACCGCUACUGCCGGGCCACGUCCUGAUCUGCCCGCGGCAGCCGCACAAACGGCUCACGGACCUCGCGGCCGCGGAGCUGACGGACCUCUUCCAGGCGGUGCAGCGCGUGCAGCGGAUGCUCGCGCGGCACUACUUCUACCAGGAAUCCGCCGCCGCCGCCGCCGCCGCAGCGCAAGCGUCCGACAGCAGUAGCAGUAGCAGUGUUGAUGGCGGCGGCGUGCCCGAGGCCGGCUCCUUCAACAUCGCGAUCCAGGACGGCGUCGAGGCCGGCCAGACCGUCCCGCACCUGCACGUGCACGUCAUCCCGCGGAUCCGCGGCGCCACCGCGAAGGAAGGGUCCGGGCCCGGCGACCGCAUAUACCAGCUUAUGGCCGCGGAGGAGGGUAACGUCGGCGGGGCCUUAUGGGAUCGAGAGCUAAAGAAACUUCGAACAAAAUUCGGGGAUAGGCCGGAGGCGGGAGGCGAGUUCGAGAGUAUUGAGGACUCGGAGCGGCACGCGCGGUCCGCCGAGGAGAUGGCAGCCGAGGCGAAUAUGUUUCGCGGCGUUUUAGAGCAGAUGGGAGAGGCGGAAGGGAAGUCUGGCUAAUGACCUUGGUAAAGGUAUCUGCCCCUUUUUCUAGUGUACUAAAUGUACGAUCAUGAAUUAUGUACGAGCAUUGAUACAACAAGGUCCCCGUAGAAUAGAGAAGUAGACUCGGAGUAUGGAGGAUGUCAUGAUACAU